CCCCCCUUAUGUUCGCACAUAAUGGGGAGAGAGUGAGGGGGGCGGGUGUGUUUGAGAGAAGAAACCGUCUGAAUUGCCCGCAUGUCUACGUGUCAAGCCUUUGUAUCUCUUGCCGUUGUCUAUCUGAGAUGACUCAACGAUAUCCACCGCGCAAACACACAAGCACAUAAACACACAAACACAGAGACACACACCGCGUAGCCGUCUGUCUCAUCGCCUGCCUCAUCUCUUCUGCCCUGCGAAGCCGUAUAUAUCAUCCUCGCAUCUCUUGUACCCCGCCCGUAUCCUCGUAGCCCUCGUAGCCCUCUAAGUGAUAGAAUGCGUCAAAGUCGUCACCUUUUCGCUUCCUCCCGAUAGCCUCCACAAGGUAGUCCAUAAUGGCCUGCGGCUCGAUCGGUAGCCAGAACAUCCGCUCUGGCUCGAAGUAGAGUCUCUUCACCGUUUCGCGACUGCCAUCCACCCACUCUGGGUCGAACCAGGCGAUGUUGACCACAAGCCAUGACACCCCAUCCGUGAUGAAGCCGUGCGUCAGCCCGUCACCCAUCAGCCCCUUCAGAAGCGCCUCUUCCUGCCGCCAUCCAUUCAGGGGCCCGGGCGUAACGAUGAUGAACAGGAGCCUCUUGCCUUCGCACUCCAAGAUCACGUCAUGGACCUCCGAGAUUGUCGACUUGACGUUCGGGUCGCGAAGGUUGUAUGCAUCAACGACUCUCCUGAUGUGAAGGCCGGUCUUGCGGAGCAGCGUCAGUAAGGGUGCCACGAGGUUGCCAUACAAGUUGGCCGUCAGCGAACGGCACGCACCGCAAUAACGCUCGCGGUGUGAAAACUCAUAACUGAGGUCUGAAAAAGAGGCAGAUGAAAGUCUCGCAUAUGACUAUCUCAUCACGUGUAUUUCACCACUCAGCGUCGCCUCGUCCACGACCACUCUGCGGGGCAGGUCGUCCUGAUGCCUCUUCCCUACAGUCUACAUACACAGACAGACAAUCACAGUCAACACACGACUGUAUCUGUGGAAGGUCUGUAUCUGCCGCCUUACUGUCGUGGCAUCAUCUUCCGCCAGUGCUGCACGACGUCGUAAUGGAGCAGAUCUCCCUCUCAGUGAAAGCGGUGGAAUGAACACGCUGAGACUGGGGAUGGCUGCGUCACGAAGGGCAUCGCCUAGCGGAAUGGCAGAAAGGACGACCACCGCAACUGCGUGGAGGGAGCUCACCAUCUUGCCUUUGAGCUCACCAUUUGACGCCGUAGAGGCAGUUCAGGGCAACUGGUGGAAAUCUGUUUCAUUGGCCUUGCCCUACCUCAUACUGCUCGUGUGGUGCCUGUAGCUCCAUGACAGGAGACACUGAUGCACUCUCUGUAGGACAGGACAAAUCAGCGCGUCACCGUCAUGAAUGCGUACUGACGGAAUUCAUGUAGUGAGUACUCGCACUUCUCCAUUACAGUCAAGGAUACACACACACUUAGCCAUCAGUCAGUCUGUCUGUCUGUCUGUCCAUAGGCAAGGCCGUCCCAUGCACACAGCAGCAGAACAGGCAGGCAGGGAGUGUGCACGUACAAACAUCUGCAUCGACCCGGGCAAGAGAGAGAGAGAGAGAGAGAGGAGCGAACAACGAAUUGACAUACAUACUGCAGAGAGGAGAGUCAGUCGCCAAUCAGUCAGUCAGUCGAUGGGUUCAAAUCAUUCAUUCAAUCAAUCAAUCAAAAAAGCCGCCUGCCUGCCUUCCUGCCUGCCUGCCUCCCUGGUGGCAGGCUGCACUGACUGCAUCCCUCCCUUCUCCCAUCCAUCCACUCG